CUGCACCUGCUGCCCCGAGAUCUGGACGUCAACAGCCCCGGCCGCACGCGAUCUCCGACCCGAUCUCGCCGUACGGAGCCGCGACCCGGUGCGUGUGCUUGCAUGGGAACGGGGGUACGAUCAUCCGAGGUUGGGCGUGGCUGGGGGUGGAGACCAGGGAGGGAGCCCGAGUCCAGUCAAAACAUGCAGCAGCUUAGCCAUCACGUUGUUCAACGAACCUGCCCCGAAGCAAGCAGCCGCCCCACUUUGAUCCUACUCCUACUAGUACUAAUAAAGCCGUUGAACAACCACCAGCUCGAUCCCCCCUUCUAUUGCUCGCAGCCUCCUUCCUCUCUCAGACGCACAAUCCAUCGCAGCCUCCUCCCUCCUCCGCUGAAGCCGUGCCGCGGCUACGACGAGCUCGUCCGACUGGCCGGCCGGAGAGUCCCUCGUCGCAUAGUCUAACCAUCGGAGGAAGUGGUCCGUCAGUUGGUCUGAGCUUCUCAUACGAUCCCUGUGCCUACAAGGAUGGAGAGGAGAGCGGCGAGGGGCACCUCUGAUCACCGUAGGCGAAUGCAGAUGCCGCCGGCGCCGGUGGGGCAGAAGCAGCAGCAGCCGCAGCGCCGCGGGGGGCCGAAGAGCUGCCAGAGAACGCCGCCGCCGCCGGGCUGCUUCACCAUCCAGCUGCUCAUGGUGUUCCUCUGGGUGGCCGCGUCGCUCGCCUUCCUGCCCCUCGUGCUCCCGCCGCUGCCCCCGCCGCCGCUCUCGCUGCUGCUCGUGCCCGUCUGCCUGCUCGCCGUCCUCGCCGCGCUGGCCUUCGUCCCGCUCGACGCCCACAACAACGUCGUCGUCGGCGGCUCGUCUUGUUUGUAGGGAGGCUGCAUUUUUUUUUCUUUUCCGUGUCGGUCAGAGCUGGCUGUUACCAGAUCUAGCCUGUAGUACAAACUGUGAACCUUUUUUUAAGAUUAGAAUUAUUAGGAUUAAUUAAGAGAGGACUACUUUUUGACUUUGUAAUCACUUGAACUCCGGCAAUGUCAAUUGAGACCUCACGGUAUUUAUGCUUA